AUGGCUUCGACAACCCCUCGCGUACCGAUUCCGGCCAACGGCGUGGACUACCGCGGAAAAGUCGUGCUGGCGCCGAUGGUGCGAUCUGGAGAACUGCCCUCACGCCUGCUCGCCCUCAAGUACGGCGCCGACCUCGUCUGGGGCCCUGAAACAAUCGACAGAGCCAUCAUGGGCGCUGCUCGCCGCGUAAACCCGCGAAACAACACCAUCGAGUUCACCCGCAUUUCGUCCAACGGCGGCCGAGAAGAUCAGCCAAAGAAAGAAAAUGUCAUUUACCGUAUCGACCCGGAGGGCGAAAAGGGGAAACUCAUCUUCCAGAUGGGCACCGCUUCGCCCGAGUACGCCGUGCAGGCGGCCAAGGUCGUUGCGCCGGAUGUGUUUGGUAUCGACGUGAACUCGGGCUGUCCCAAACCUUUCAGCACCAGCGGCGGUAUGGGCGCUGCCUUGCUCCGCACGCCGGACAAGCUGGUUUCGAUCCUGGAGGCUCUUGUGCGUGAAGUUGGAAACCCGUAUCAAAUCGGCAUUUCGGUCAAGAUUCGACUUCUCGAGACUCCGGAAAUGACGGAAUCUCUCGUCAAGCGGCUGGUUGCUACGGGGAUUACUGGGUUAACGAUCCAUUGCCGCACAACUCCUAUGAGACCGCGAGAGCGAGCCAUCCGAGAGCAGCUGAGGAUGAUUGUCGAUACAUGCCAUAAUGCCGGUGUGGCGUGUGUCAUGAACGGCGACGUUACCUCGCGGGACAAUGCGCUCGCUUUGAUGGAAGAAUACGGCGCUGACGGUGCCAUGAUUGCGACCUCGGCCGAACAAAACCCAUCGUGUUUCCGCACAAAUGCGGAAGGGGGACUGCUACCAUGGCGCGACGUCGUCCGGGAUUACUUGGAGCAGUGCAUUAGGGUCGAGAAUCGGUUCGGAAACACUAAAUAUCUCCUUAACAUGAUGGUGAAUGCAAAGGAUAAAGCCUUCAAAGAGUUUAAUAAGGCAAAGAGCUACGUGGAUGCCUGUCGAAUUCUACAAUACGGUGAUUUGGUACCUGCAGCAAAGGAAGUCGACCAGGUCUUGCUCCUGGAAGACAGGUCCGUCACCAACGAGGACGGAAUUCGGCCAUCUGCAGUGCAAAAUGCAAAAGCAAACAACGAAUCUGCCAAGGCUGCAGGGCGGUCAACUAAACACAAAAAACAGGCCUCGGUGCAAAAGGGUCCUGGCCCGAUUAGGACAAACUCCAGGACUGGCGUCCCGAAUCCGCCUUCUGAACCUGAAGCUGAUGUUGAUCUCUCUGCUUCGACUUCAGUUCCGCAACAAAGCCCGGCAGUUGCUGUCUGA